CCCCUGAGCACGCCGCCGUGCCGACCACGAGCGGAACCACCAGUCGCAGUCCGAACUUGCCCGAGGAGAGAGAGCCAGGAUACAACCCCCUCGGUGCGUGUGGAGACGAGCGAGGAGCGACAGACGCUGGCCAUGAGCCCGCCCUUCGAAGCAUGCAGAAGCCACUGAGAGAGCUGGGCCGACUGUGCCUGAGCGCGGGCGAGCAGAGCAACGAGAUCGCGACCGAAGUUCGAGCAGAGCCCCGUGCCGGCCUUCCCCUGCUCCAAGUAUGGCCGAGCGACUCGCCGAGGGGCGAGGCCGACGGACAGGCCCAGGCAUUCGUGUUUCCCGACGUCCAGGAGAACGUCAACGACAGCGGCAUCGAGUCCAUACAGGCAUCGCCCUCGCCGUGCGGCGCAGCAAGCACCAGUCCAGCCGCCACGCCUCAACAAUCGCGACGCGCCAGCCUGCUCCAUCCGGACCACGCUCGGCUACAAUUGCACCACUUGCAUCACAAUCACCACAAUUCCGGGGUUAAGAGUCCACCGACACCGGACCGAACGUCCAUCGACGAGGAGCCCCCACUUCCGCCCAGCCCUUCGAGUUCGACAACCAGCAGCCUCCGCUCCAUGCCCAGCUCUGCGAACGCCCAAAUGCACUCGCAGGACAGGAGACGUAGCAGCAGGUACAGCAUGUUCGACGCCCUGGACCUGGAAUACGCCCUGCUGAGGGCGGCGGCCCGCGGCUCCGUGGGCCCCUACUCCCUCUCGGAGUCCCUGCACAAGCUGACCUUCACCCAGAGCUUGGCCUUCCCCGCGCUGGCCCGCGGCCUGGCCUCGAAGCAGAGCGUGCCCGCGAGGAGGCCCCAGCAGCACACCGAGAGCGGGCUGAACGCGUUCGCCAAGGUGGUGACCGCCCUCGUACUCGUGCUAGUCAGCGUGCUCGUGUUCGGCGUGGUGUACAAGUUCGUGAGGACGUGAGGAUGGCUUCUGGUGCCCGAUCGACCGGCCGACUCCUCGCAAGAGUUCGAUCGACCGGGCACCGGCGACGCCUUCGACCACUAAUCCAAUCAAUCGUUUCUCUCGGAGCAUAUACGCGAUCGACUCGAGGACGAAGAUCUUCGUUCGGGUGGCGAAGGCCUACUAAACGACGAUGAGAUUAGGAAGAGCAGGAAUAUAAGUUUGAAUAUAAGGUGAAUGUAUAUAUAUAUAUAAUAUAUAUAUAUGAGUAAGAUAGUAUAAGAUAGUAAGAAGGACCGUGUCGCGAAGAAAGAAUUUCUAAAUCUUGUUACCGAGCAUUUUUACCGAGCGUGCUUGCUGCGAAUAUUUAUCGCCUCUCGGCGGCAUUUUUACGAAAAAUGCGUGUAAUCCAUGCGACAUUUACAUUUCGUAAAAAAAAAAAAAAA